GGCAUGAUAAGGAUACUAUCGGAAGCAAUGGAAGGGAAGCCAUUGCUAAUUUUGUCGCAAACAUAUACAAAGGAGAGUUAAACUUGGAUUGCAAUGUUAACUUUUCACAGUUUUUUAUACUUAUGCCUGAUUUGGAUUUUAUAAAUACUUAGACUAAUAGCAAUGAGCAUUAUUAUAAAGUUCAGCUUUGUAAAUUUCCAAGAUAAUAGCUGUAAAUUGUGUUUAUCAUUUGAGAUGCAACAUUAUAACUGAUUCUCCCUCCUUCCUCCCCAUGAUUUUCCUUUCGAUCUCUUGCUUAAGGGAUAUAUCAUAGCAUUUUGCUGAUGCUAUUAAGAGUUUUAUGUGGUCAUUAUGAAUAACUAUAGAGAUUACCUGCUUAUUGUUUCUGUCUAACUCCUACAAGUUUUCAUUUUGAAGCGCUAGAAUUAGAAAAUAAUAAUAUCUACAUAUUUUGCAAUUUUUAUAGACUAUUAUCGCCAUUCAUUUGUGUGGUUGCCAAAAACUAGAGUUAGUCCAAAAAUGGGAAGACCAAAAUACAGUGCAGGUGGUUUUAGCUCCUAGAGUGUCUUGCAUAUUAGAAAAAAAAAUCCCAAAAAAAGAAAGGAAACCAACAUGACUAAUUGUCCAAACUAGAUGAGUAAGUGUGACAAGGGGGUUUAGGAAUCAAAGUGAUUAUCGAAAUGUAGUUUUAGGGGUGAAAUGGAAUUAAUCCUAACAAUUUUUUGUGGGAUCAAAUCACAACUAGCACCAAAUCCAGGGGUGGCUAAGAGUACUAUUAUUUUCAUUAUUUUUUAUGGAAAAAAUUAACUCACACUGGAAAGGUGGAAAAAAAAGGCCGAAAACGAGAAAUCAAUGCACGCUGCUUCACUAAUCACGACUCUCAACUUACAACCUCCUACAUAGUCCCCCCUUUCUGCUGCAUGCCUGCCCGUCUACACCCAACAAAAAUUGCCCGAGAAUUGCAGUGAAGUGAGGAAGAUUUUCUUAUAGUUCUUGGCGUGCAUCCUGAUCUCGUUUUCAUAUGGCUGCAUCGUCUGCUUCAAAAUUGUUUCGCGCUGGUCGUUCAUUGCUUGGGGGCCUGAAGGAUCCUAAUGGGUCAAUAGGAAUGUCAAAGGACUUGCCCAGAAGUUAUCUAUUUUCUCAGCAACAAAGGACUUUUAUACAGAUGAGGACCAAUCUCAAAGUCGUGGACAACUCGGGGGCAAAAAGGGUAAUGUGCAUCCAGGCUUUAAAAGGAAAAAGAGGAGCCAGAUUGGGAGACAUGAUAGUAGCAUCAGUGAAGGAAGCGCAGCCUGGUGGGAAAGUGAAAAAAGGACAAGUUGUUUAUGGUGUCGUCGUUCGUGCAGCCAUGCAGCGAGGCCGUAGUGAUGGGAGUGAAAUCAAGUUUGAUGAUAACGCUGUCGUACUUGUGAACAAGCAAGGAGAACCAAUUGGAACCAGAGUCUUUGGCCCCGUUCCACACGAGCUGAGGAAGAAGAAGCAUGUUAAGAUUCUUAGUCUUGCAGAGCAUAUUGCUUGAGAAGUGGCCUUCUGUGAUGCACUUUGUGUAUUCUGACUGUUUUUCUUAAGCAGCUGUUGCACCCAUUUGUGGAGAAAUGGAUAGGUUUUUGCAAGUUCUCUCUGAGCUUAAUUUAGUUACUAGUUAAUUCAGAUAUUCACCACUGAAAUGGGAAGUUCCAACAUUAAUUUCCUUGUUGCCUUCUAGCAAAAUCUUAAAUGCUUGUUGUCCAGGGAAA